AUGUCAAAUAGCCUCGAUGAUGUGGCCACCACGACACCAACGGUUGCAAGCGUGAAGAGCCUCAAACAGGAUAAUACUGAUCCUAUUACCACGGUCGGCAAUGGCGAACCUCCUCACAAUGUUGUUGCGCCUCUUGAUAAUGAUCAUCAUACCGAUAGCUCUAAAACAGCUCAGCCAGCCCCAUCCGCUGAGCCCCAGGCAGAUGUCCAAAAACUGUCGGGCGCCGCCAUCGCUUUGACCAUGACGCCGCUCUGCCUUUCUGUCAUGCUCUCAUCGCUGGACCUCACCAUAUUAACACCAGCUAUCCCCACCAUCGUGAGUUCCUUCAACUCGGUGUCUGGGUAUGUCUGGAUUGGCACAGCCUUCAUCCUGGCCAGCACGGCCAUCGCGCCGGUCUGGGGGACCGUGGCGGACAUCUGGGGCCGGAAACCAAUCAUGCUGAUUGCGUUGACUAUUUUCCUCGGUGGCAGCCUGCUUUGCGCCUUGGCUCCGCGAAUGAAUGCUCUGAUUGCUGGCCGUGCCGUCCAGGGUCUUGGUGCUUCGGGCAUGGGCACGAUGGUCAAUGUCAUCAUCUGCGACACCUUCUCGUUAAGGGAUCGCGGUUUGUAUCUUGCCAUCACUUCUUUGGUUUGGGCUGUAGGAAGCGCCGUUGGACCCGUUAUCGGCGGUAUUUUUACAACUCGGUCAGACUGGAGAUGGUGUUUUUGGAUCAACUUGCCUAUAGGUGCUAUCGUGUUUUUCGUAUUGCUCUUCUUCUUGAAGCUUCCCUCGCCGAACACGCCUGUCCUGAGUGGCCUUAAGGCUAUUGACUGGAUUGGUGGCGCACUCAUCGUCGGUGCCGUGUUGAUGAUUUUACUUGGUCUGGAAUUUGGAGACGUCACAUUCCCAUGGUCGUCAGUUACUGUUAUUUGCCUCAUCCUAUUUGGUGCUGUUGUUAUCGGCAUUUUCGUUGUCAACGAAUGGAAGUUUGUUAUGAAUCCCGUUAUGCCGCUACGGCUAUUUUCUAAGAGAUCUUCAGUGGCUGCUUAUGUUGUCUUCGCCUGCAAUUUUUACGUCCUUAUCGGCUUGUCUUUCUAUUUACCUCUGUACUCUCAAUCUGUGUUUGGGGUUAAUGCUUUGCAAUCCGGUGUUUAUCUCGUUCCCCUCAUUGUUUCAAGUUCUCUGGCGGCUGCCUGCGCUGGAAUAUUCAUUCAGCAGACCGGCGUAUACCUUCCCGUAAUGUACUUGUCCCAAGUGUUAUUGACACUUGGUGUCGGGCUUUUUAUUAACCUUAAAUUUGAGGAAGGCCUGGCCAAACUGUUCAUAUUCGAGAUCAUCGCUGGUAUAGGCAUUGGCAUGAAUAUAGAGCCACCACUUCUCGCAGCGUUAGCCGCAUCGACGGUGCUAGAUACCGCUACUAUCAAUGCAGCGAUGAGCUUUUUUCGAUCUAUCGCAACCGCCGUUGCAAUCGUCCUUGGUGGCGUUAUAUUUCAAAACCAAAUGAAUGCAGCCAACCAAGGUCUGGCUGACCAAUUCGGCGGCCAGCUCGCCAUAAAUUUCAACGGCGACCAUGCCACGGCAAACGUUGAACUGAUUGAAUCUUUGCCGGCAGGCCAGCAGGCUGUUAUCCGACGAGUAUAUUUUGAAGCGCUGAGGUCAGUGUGGAUUAUGUACGUUGCCGCCGCGGGCAUAUCGUUGGUUUCGACCCUAUUUGUCCGUGCUCAUCAUCUGGGCCUUGACACCAAGAGUACAGUGCUUGGACUGGAUAGGGCAAGGCGAGCCGAACAGUAG